UCUUUGCCACGUCAAUCUGCUCGCGAGCCCGCCAAGGAGAACAGCUAUCGCUUCCAUUCCGCCAUCAUAUACCAGCACAGCGGCUAAUUAUAGCUACAUCGAGAGAUGAACCGUGAGCAAGACGAAGUCCAGGAGUCCCUGAACCCAAAUCCGAUGUCUUCAGGUGAUGCCCCAGCCACCUUCCGUGUAAAGGCGCGCAGGCGCCUCUCCUCGACUCCAGUACAGGAGGCUUUUGACCUUCACCGCACCGCCGUGUCCUGGUUCAGCGAACAGCUCGACCGCGAACAGCCGUGGAAAGAUUUCGCGGACACGACCAAGUUUUCCGUUCCAAAGUCGGCCCAAGAGGUCACCAACCGGAUCCGAUCGAACGUGGACCGCUUCUGCUGCAACUACGUCACCAUCUUCUUCGGCAUCUUGGCGGGCUGUGUCGUGUCCAUCAUGGCACUAGUGGCGAGCCUCGUGGCGGUUGGUGCCGUGUGCGCCGUGUUCAAGCUACACCACCGCGGCGAGACUGCGGUCGUGUGGGGCACGAGGCUGGCGCUCACCAAGAAGCACAGGAGGAUCGCCGCCACAUUGGUGGCGAUGCCUCUUCUCUACGCCGCCGAGAUCCUGUCCGCCGUUGUGUGGUCCUUCGGUGCCAUCGCCGUGAUUGUCAUCGUCCAUGCCACUCUGUAUGCCGGGCUUGGCUCACCGAGCAAGUCAGUCGCCAAAUAUUUACCGGUCAUUUCCGAUAUAGAUGAUAUCAGUGUUGAUCUGUGAGUGACCACUUCUGUCUCUUCAGUUCUUCAAGACAUUUUGUUCGUGCCUUUUUUUUCGCCAAUGGGUUGGUGAACGGGUUCUGUCUUUAUUUUUCUUUUUUUUUUACGUUUUACAACGACCCCGAAGUGCGGCUUGUGUGGUGUACAGGUGGAUAUAUCUACCCAAGUUUUCUGCCGUUAGCAUUACGUUUGACACGGUGGACACCAGGAGUUCUCAAAAUACAGCUCCGAAAGAGUCGCCAGAGAUUGCCGAAUAGCCUCGUACUUCGGCAUAACCAUUGAGAGACUUUUCCAUUUGCACUUUUUUUAUGUUUAGACUUGGCACUUUUUGUGGUAUGUGUGAAUGACUGCUCUAGAUGCUGAAAGAGCGUGAAUAAAAACGUGCCGUGACAUUGGUUGUUCUUAGU